GAUUGGCCGGGUGCGUGUGUGCGCGGUGACGCGUGUCGCGGCGGUGCGGGUCCCGAUUGCUGCAGCCGCUUGUCAGUGUGACGAAGAUUGGCACCCAGGUGUGUAUCUGCUAUCUUGUGCAGCAAUGAGCCUGGAAUUCAAUCUGCUGGAAUAAGACAAUGGCCUCUACAUCCAGUUGAAAUAAAGGGACAUGAAAUGCGAGUAGCCUAUAACAGUAGGGAAAAUGUACAGUUCUUCUUCUCCUCACUGCAUUUACAAGUGAAGACAUCUACAUGGUUUCCCCAAGCAUAAACUAUCAGAUAAAACAGAAAGAGACUCACCUGAAGAUAUGAUGAAACUCUGAGAAAGCUGCUACUUUAGAAUGUGGCCCUUCAGAAUCAUACACCUUUUACUGAAACCUCCACUUUAACUGUGCGGAACCACGCAUGGAUCCCAAAUUGAAGGAAUCCAUGGUAACACGGUCCCUGCUAUAACGUGGUCCCCGCAUUAACGAGGAACCACGCAUGGAUCCAAAACUCCGCGUUCUAGCCGGGGUCCGGUGUACAAGUUUGAUUAAAUGUGUUCUCACUUGUGAUGAUUUGACAUUAUUAACUCUUCAUUAACCAUGAUGGCAACACAGACAUUAAGUAUAGACAACUAUCAAGAUGGACAAGAGGAAGCUGCGUUGAAGAUGAUGAAAGGAACAUGUCUGAACAUGCAGGAUCUUCAGAUGCAAGUAGUAACCGAGUUAAAAACUGAACAAGACCCAAACUGCUCUGAAACUGAUGCAGAAGGAGUGAGUCCUGCCCCUGUAGAAUCUCAGACGCCAAUGGAUGCAGACAAGCAGGCCAUUUACAGGCACCCACUGUUUCCAUUAUUAGCACUAUUAUUUGAAAAAUGUGAACAAUCUACACAGGGCUCAGAAGGCACUACCUCUGCUAGUUUUGAUGUAGAUAUUGAAAAUUUUGUAAGGAAGCAGGAGAAAGAAGGAAAACCCUUUUUUUGUGAAGAUCCAGAAACUGAUAAUUUAAUGGUAAAGGCAAUCCAGGUUCUACGUAUUCAUCUGCUUGAGCUAGAAAAGGUUAAUGAACUCUGCAAGGAUUUCUGUAGUCGUUACAUUGCCUGUCUGAAAACUAAAAUGAACAGUGAAACUCUACUAAGUGGAGAACCUGGAAGUCCUUAUUCACCUGUACCAUCGCAGCAAAUUCAAAGUGCCAUUGCGGGCACACUGAGUCCCCAAGGGAUUAUGGUGCCUGCAUCAGCAUUGCAGCAGGGAAAUGUAACUAUGGCAACAGUAGCAGGGGGUGCAGUGUAUCAGCCAGUCACUGUGGUCACUCCACAAGGUCAAGUAGUGACACAAGCACUGUCACCUGGGACAAUUAGGAUCCAGAAUUCACAGGAUAAUACUGCAAGAGAACUUCCACCACUACCGCUGCAGCUUCAGUUACAGUUAAACCAAGAUCUAAAUAUCUUGCAUCAAGAUGAUGGCUCGUCAAAAAAUAAGAGAGGGGUUCUUCCAAAGCACGCUACUAAUGUGAUGAGAUCGUGGCUCUUUCAGCACAUAGGGCAUCCAUAUCCAACAGAAGAUGAGAAAAAGCAGAUUGCAGCCCAGACAAAUCUGACACUACUGCAGGUUAACAAUUGGUUUAUCAAUGCUAGAAGACGAAUUCUUCAGCCGAUGCUAGAUUCCAGCUGUUCUGAAACUCCAAAAACAAAGAAGAAAACAGCUCAAAACAGACCAGUUCAGAGGUUCUGGCCUGAUUCCAUUGCAUCAGGAGUUGCUCAGCAGCAAUCUAAUGAACUUACAAUAUCAGAUGAGUGGAAGAGCCAAACUUGUUACAUGGGGCCUCCUGACUCUCCACGCUGUUCUCAUUCCUGCAGACCACCCUGCCUUACUGCCCAAGGAGCUGUUGUAACAAUUACAGCUCCAGUCAACAUGAAUGUAGACAGUCUCCAGUCUCUGUCAUCUGAUGGUGCUACUUUGGCUGUUCAGCAAGUUAUGAUGGCAGGACAAAGUGAGGAUGAAUCUGUGGAUAGUGGUGAAGAUGAUGGAGCAGACCUCUCAACAACAAACAUCAGCGGGCUUGUUUUGGAUAACAGUGAUUCUCUGCAGUAGGAAGCAAGAGAAUGUGACAAAAUAUGUAGGAAAAUGAAUGGACUGACUGUUUUUAUAGUUUGCAUAGCAAACAUUUUACACAAGUUUUAUUUCUAAUAUGUUUUAUAUGUAGAUAUAGAAGGGUGCACUUUUUUGUAUUUCAUAGUAAGCUUAAAGAGUGUCUUUGCAGGUGCAGCAACUUCUUUCAAAUGUGUUUUUGAAUUUGAAGAGGGGUUGGGUUUGUUUGGUUUUUUUUAAUUACAAAAAAUUGUGUCUAGUAAUAUAAUGACCACAUAAAUGCCCCUUUUGUUUUCUCAUUAAAUUGAAAAUGCUACAAUUUGUAAAGAAUUAUGCAGUUUCAAUUAGACCUGUUGUUUAACACAGCUCUUGGUUGACUAACGAUGUAAAUUCAAAGCAUAUGGCACUUGAUCAUUAAGUUAGACACACAUUUGAAAGAUGCAUCUGCACCUUAAAAACUGCCAGUCUGAAGUGGGCAACAACACACACCCACAAAGAAAAUGGAGAUGUGUGAUUCAGUAGCGAAUGUAUGACAGUUUAAAUAAGUUUAAUUUCUCUCAUAGUCAGUGAGCUUGUUUAUCAUUUGCUAUAAAAACUCCUAUUUUUACCUUGGUGGGAUUAUUGGAUAAAAAAAAUAUUUUUAUAAAUUCAGUAGGAAUUGGAAUGACAACUGUAUUGAGCAUGAGAGAAAAAUUUCCAGAAGGGGAAAAUAAAUGUUUAGUAUUCCUAUUUGGAAGGUUCUGAAAAUUUGACCAAAUUUAAUAAACAUGCCUAAUGCUAGUGUUC